CCUCAAGCAAAGUGACGAGGAAUUUAAAGUACACGCCGCACCGCGUUAUCUAGAAUUGGCGCAUUCGCGCAUGCGCCCGGCGCGCCCCUGUGACGUCACGAGCCUGGUACGUGCAGUUCCGGGCGCGGGAAGGUUCGUAUCGAGAUCGGAUCCGGCGCUCUCGUCAUGGAGAGGCGACAUCUUCAGGAAAUCCCUGCUUCUGCUAGGAACGUGCAGCAGCUUAAAUGGUCUUGGGAUUCAAAGAAUAGUUCGGACCUGCUGUGUGGCAUGGGAGUGAGUCCAAUGGAGAAGGAUCCCCAGGACACAGAAAACACCCCCCAGGAUCUUAUUGUAAAAGCAACUCCCCCACAGAAGAAGAGGAGACUAAAGGAGAGAGACGAUGGAUUCUUUAUCGCGAGGCGUCCCAGAAUCGCCCGGGCGUCUAACCCAGGUAUAUCCUGGGAUACGCUUCCAGACGAGCUUCUCUUGGGUAUCUUCUCCUAUCUGCACCUGACUGAUCUGGUCAGAGUGUCUCGGGUUUGCAAGAGAUGGAACCGGCUUUCGUGUGACGAGUCUCUCUGGUACAGCCUGGAUCUGUGUGGCAAGCAUUUGGCAGACGGAGUCGUCGGAAAGCUGCUCUCCCUGGGUGUCGUGGUCUUUCGCUGUCCUAGAUCCUGUAUUGGAGAGCCGAUGUUUACAGGCGUUAGACCGCUGAGACUGCAGCACGUAGACCUUUCCAACUGUACUGUGAGUAAAGACGCCCUGCUGAGUAUCGUCUCGCGCUGCUACAGACUGCAGAACCUGUCCUUGGAAGGAAUGGAGCUUUCUGAUGACAUCAUGCGCUCCAUUGCUCAGAACACAGACUUGAUUCGGCUAAACAUUGGGGGCUGCUCAGGCUUUUCUCCUGAUUCACUCGUAGAAAUGCUAAAGAACUGUUCUGGGUUGUGUGAAUUGAACCUGUCCUGGUGCGACUUCACAGCAGAUCAUGUAAAAUGCGCAGUCAGUCGCUUUCCUAGCAGCAUAACAGAACUCAAUUUCAGCGGAUACCGUCAGAACUUGGAGCUGUCCGAUGUAGAAACUUUAGUGACGAGAUGCCCUGAGCUUACAAGCUUGGACUUGAGCGACAGCGUAAUGCUGACUGCAGACUGCUUUGCGGUGCUUCGCCAGCUUCUUCACCUCCAGCACCUCGGCCUCAGCCGCUGCUAUCAGAUCUGCCCUGCGACUUUGCUAGAGAUGGGGAAGGCGAUGCCGCUGAAGACACUCAGCGUGUUCGGGAUCGUCACAGACAGUUCCUUGCAGCUUCUUAAAGAAUCCCUUCCUCACAUUAAGAUAAACUGCUCUUUCUUCAGCACCGUUGCCCGGCCCACCACAGGCCCCAACAAGAAGAACAAGGACAUAUGGGGUCUGAAAUGCAAAUUGACAUUAAAUUCUAUAGACUCUUGAA